AUGCUCAAAGUCAUCCCUUACUCAUCUGGCCCCGACGAAGUCUAUGGACAGCAUCUACAGGCAUCCGAAGCCUUGGCCUGUACAGACGACUUGCCGUCAGAGCAAGAAACCAUUACAGGUAUUAUAUAUUGGGAAACGUGUGGUUGGUACCCAGAAUACUGGCACUACCUGAAAGCAUUGAACACGAUUUUUCCAGGGUGCGAUUGUGAGGAUUGGUGGGAGUACUUGCCAAUAACGAUCGGGGUUUGGCCUAAGGAGCAUGCAGUCGACCUGAUUUUUAAAAAUAGUGUAAAUGACCCGGCAAUGGCAUUUGGAAAACUUGUAAUGGUAUGCUCACACGGCAAUGAAUCAAAUAAUAUGAUCUGGGAGGAGCGGGAAGAUAAUGGCUUCUACCUACUUUUAUGCUCUCGGUCUCAGUAA